AUGGCCAAUGCUAUCACGCGUAUUUUCGGCUCCCGGUCUCGUAAAGUGAGAUACACUCAAUCCUCCACCCAAACCACACCAGAUGACCAAGACCCUCCUGAAUACGCCAUGGCAAUACAGGCAGGAGAUUCAGAAUGUGCUGCAGCAACAGAGGCAGGGCAUUGUGAGAAAUCGUCAUCGCUCGACAACAUGACAGCCAAAAAUAAAAAACCCCUUGAGCUUGGCGAGAAUCACGGUCGUUGUGAGUGCUCUCAGCACCACAGCUGCUGUCACGGCCAUCACUCGCUGCGCUACCCUUCAGCCUCUACUCUCGCACCAGUCCACUCCUUGAUGGCCUACCACCUUUCAUUCGAGCACCUGUCCUGUAUCCGCCGCAAGCUCGGCGAUGAGAUGCAAAAGACCAAGUACAUCCCUGAACUUUCAUGGGAAGACUCGGUCACUUCUACGCAUGGUGUGGACUAUGAGAUGCUGAGUGAAGUAUUCACUUGCAAGGGUGAAUUUCUACAAAGACAACAGAUCCGUCUCAGGUACGGAUCAGAUGACAGUUCACCCAACGGAGAGCAAUUCUUCGGCUGCCCACACCAGAGCGUCCGUGUGUCUUCGCCGGUCAGAAAGAAGACCUCAAACUUGAUUGAUGUUCAGCUCGACAUUUCCCAUCACCCACCACGCUGCGCCUCUCACAAGUCGCAGAGGUGGUGUAACCUCGAGGGUCCCUAUGCACACAUAGCAGUGUGUACUAUUUGCCAUUCUGAUGCAGAACUCCAUCUCAGGAUGAGUACCCACUAUCUGAUCAUGAUAUACACAUGCUACAGAAACCUGGGUACAGCUGAGGAAGCUAGUGACCCUAAAUGGAACGCUCUUCUCACUGGUGAGGGUCAAGGAAGCCGACCAGACAAGGUGCUUGAUUUAUACAAACAUGUUUAUAAGGUAGCUUUUGGUCUUUGCCGGUCGUUCCUGGAACCAGCUCGUUAUCAGACACCGAGCGGAAUGGUCGACAUGUCUAUUAGGUGA